UAAACUACCCCUGAAGGGUGCAGGCCUGCAGGGGAGGUUUAGAUUGAUCAUCGAUUCAGAAGGAUCGUAAGGGAGGGAGGGAAGGAUGGCUGAUGAUGAGCAACAGUGGAAGAUCCCACCGAACGUGCAGGAGCUAGCUGCGGCCGGCAGAGACGAGCUGCCGAGCCGCUACGUGGUCCCCGAUCAUGACCGUCCCACCUCCGGCGUCGCCAGCGACGACCCCAUCCCCGUCGUCGAUAUCAGCCGUCUGUCCUCCGGCGCCGCCGACGAGGCUGCCAAGCUGCGUUCCGCCCUCCAGAACUGGGGACUCUUCCUCGCCAUUGGGCACGGGAUCGAGUCGGCUCUCCUCGACGAGAUGAUGGCCGUCACGAGGGAGUUCUUCAAGCUCCCGCUACAAGAGAAGCAGAAGUACACCAACCUUGUGGGCAGCAAGAAAGAGUACCAACUCGAAGGCUACGGGGGCGACAUGGUCCUCUCCGAGACGCAGGUCCUGGACUGGUGCGACCGGUUCUACCUCGUCGUGGAGCCGGAAUCACGCCGUAUCUACGACCUCUGGCCGACGCAACCCCCUUCCUUCCGGGACAUCCUGCACCGGUACGCCAAGCGGUGCAGGGAGCUCGCCGACGGCGUGCUCCUGGAGGUAGGCAAGGUGGUCGGGCUGCGCGAGGAGAGGUACAUGGCUGACAUGGUGGACGAGAAGGCCGUAACGUACGUCCGUCUCAACCUCUACCCUCGCUGCCCGCGCCCCGACAAGGUUCUGGGCUUCAAGGCCCACUCGGAUGGCAACAUGCUCACCGUCCUCCUCACCAACGCGGUUGGGCUCCAGGUACUACGCGACGGCGAAUGGUACGACGUGCCCGUCGUCCCGGGCGCGCUGGUGGUGAAUAUAGGGGAUACAGUGGAGGUGGUGAGCAAUGGUUUGCUCAAGAGCCCGGUUCACAAAGUGGUGGCGAAUUCGGAGAGGGAGCGGGUGUCGGUGGGGGCGUUCUACACGUUGGACCCAGAGAGGGAGGUGGAGCCAGCGCCGGAGCUGGUGACCGAGGAUAGGCCCAAGAGGUACGGGAAGAUGAAGACCAGCGACUACAUCACUGAGCUGCAGAAGAGUUUAGCGCGUGGAGAGAGGACUGUCGACAGGGUGAAGAUCUGA